UGGGGGGAGGGGAGGAUGCGAGGAAGAAGUCAUCUUUCCCGCAGCGUUUAUGCCGAGCUGACGAAAUCUUCCCAGUUCUGCUUCGAACUUAAGGCUGUGCUGAGUUCUGCAAGGAAACCGAGGCUGGUGCGGUGCGGUGCUGCGGGGAGCGGCUUGUCUGCCUUCCCGCUCUUCCCCCCCCCUGUCCUCGUCCUGAGGUGGUACGCGCGGGGCGCAGUGGCCGCAGUGCUGCCGGCUCCGCCGCCCGAACGCUGCAUCGCCGUCGCUAUGGCGCUGUGCGGCCGCUCGGUUCUCCUCCGGCCGUCCCCGCGUCCCGCAGCGCGCCGCCCCAGGGCCGCCGAAGCAUUCGUCAGCUGCAGCCGCCUGCGGAACAUCCAGAGCAUCCUGACACAAAGCAGCAAAUCUCAACCUGAUGGAAUCCUUUGCAUUUUAGGAAUAGACAGUCGAUACAAUGAAGGCUGCAGGGAGCUGGCCAACUAUCUGCUUUUUGGCUUGUAUAAUCAGAGUAACAAUGACUUUGAAAGAACUGGUUUUCCUGAAGAAGUUCUUGAUGACAUAAUCAUACUAAUAAAACCUGAUAGUGUCCAUCUGUACUGUAACCCUGUGAAUUAUAAUCAUCUUUUGCCAUACGUGGCUUGCUGGAGGAACUUGCAUUUCCACUGCCUAACUGAAAAUGAGUAUGAAGAUGAAGAAGCUGCAGAAGAAUUCAAGAUUUCCAGCUUCGUAGACAUGGUUCGAGAUUGCAGUCGCAUUGGUAUUCCAUACAGCUGCCAAGGUCAUCUACAGAUCUUUGAUAUGUUCAUUGUUGAGAAGUGGCCGAUAGUGCAGGCUUUUGCACUGGAGGGAAUUGGUGGUGAUGGCUUCUUUACCAUGAAAUAUGAAUUAAUGGAUGUCAGUGUUGAUUUGUGGAAAACAUACAGCAAGAUGGAUCCUGUUUCCUUGGAGGAUUUGCUCUUCGAGGAUUUAAUGACUUUUGAACAUCAGUGGACCAACUUUUUUGCUAAUUUUGACACUGAAAUUCCCUUCAUUCUGGAACUAUCAGAAUCUCAGGCAGGGGAGCCUUUCAGAAGUUAUUUCAGUCACGGAAUGAUUUCAAGCCAUAUAACAGAUAACAGCCCCAGCCGGCAGCCUUUCGUUCUGUUUGGUAGCCACUCAACAAAAGAAAACUUGAACUCUGGUAACUUCAAUUUUCCAUCAGAAGGACACCUUGUUCGAAACACUGGCCUUGGUGGGAGCACGGCUAAACACAUGGUAGUGCAGUGUGUAUCUCCAAAGGGACCUCUGGCUUGUUCAAGGACCUAUUUUUUUGGAACCACUCACAUUCCUUUCCUAGGAAACGACAAUGAGGUACACAAGAAACCUGAACAAGUUAUGCUGUUGUCGCAAAUAUAUACUGCUGUUGUAGAGGCUGUGCUUGCUGGCAUUGAGUGCUAUGCUAAAACUUCCACUGAAUCCAAGGCCAAGGAGGCAGCAGAGCAGAUGCUGAUGUCUGUGUUGGACAGCCUGCAUUUAACACAAAUGAAAACUGCACUACGCUCCAAAGUUGCUUUUCAAAUUCAGGCUGUGAAUAACCAUGGAAGAGUUACUCCAUUAAAUAACGAGGAUAGCCUGAGUUUGAUUAAAACAGCGUCUAUGAUGGUGUUUGACAUUCCAGAUUUACUCACAGGAAGAGGGUGCUUGGGAUCUGUUGUCUUUUCAGAGUCAUUCCUAACAUCACAGAUACACGUAAAAGAAAAAGAUGGCAGUAUUAAUUCAGAAACCAGCCACAUAAUUCUGACUGCAGCUAUCCCACGAUACGCAUCUUGGCUGGUUGAAGAUAGUGAUGUGAAACUGUCUGAAAAGGCACAGCUAAUACUGAAGGAAGACAAAUCCUUUCUGGGCACUUUACUUACUGGAGAUGAUGGAGCUUAUAUUUAUUCUAGCAACCCACAGGCCAUGCCUGCAGAAGGCAAAUUGUACUUCUUCUCAGAUGGCAUUCUAUUCUGUGAUCCCCACCAUGGCAGCAUUUCCAUUUCAAAGGACCAUAUCGAUUCCAUUUCUCUGUAUGAUGGGGAUUCGACUGGCAUUGUUGCUGCUCUCUUUGUAGACUUCAAAAGCUCCUUGCUUGCUCAUCUACCAAUUGAAUUCCAUGCCCGAGACAACUUUUUGAUGAUUGCACUUUUUCCCAAAACCAAGAUUUAUAAAGCUUUUUAUUCACAGGUUUUCUCUUCAUGGCAAAACCAGACAAACUCAGGAUUAUCUUUAAGGGUUGUCCAGGAAGAAUUCCUGUCUGUGGAACAAAAGAGACUACAUUCCAGUGUUCAGAAGCUAUUCAGUUCUUUGUCUUAUCCUUCUGGGGAAAGAUGCAACGAGCUGAAAAUAUCUGCUGCCCUCCCAGAGUUAGAGAGGUUCAUGCAGCACUUCACUGUCAGCAGUGUCAGUCGUGAGCCAAUAAUGUCAGCACAUCUUCCUAUUUUAUUGCAACAGUCAGAAACCAUUCCUGACAGCAGAGCAGAAAGCGAUAAGGUGGUCAUCACCAUCAUAACAGGUCUUCCAGGAUGUCGUUCCAGUGAUCUGUGUGCUUUUCUCAUCACUUUCAACAAGGAGCAUGGGAGGUGGUUAGUUUAUCGACAGACGAUGGAUAGCCCUGAGUGUUUUAGUGCAGCCCACUUCCAGCGUUAUCUCUCUGGUGUCCUGGAGGCUCAACAAAAGCACGGCGUCCGUCAGUCCGCUUAUGCCAGGAAGAGCAAGCGACUCUUAGUGGUCUUGCAAGGAUAUACGGAUGUUAUUGAUGUUGUGCAGGCUCUACAAACUCAUCCUGACCCGGAUGUGAAGUCUUCUUUUGUCAUUGGGACAGUUAAUACUUGUGUAGAGCCACUGAGCUGCUACAUAGAGCACAGGCUUCUUUUUCCCAAGUUCUUGGACCAGUGCUCCCAAGGCCUGGUGAGCAACGUGAUAUUCACAAGUCAUGCUACAGAGCAGAGGCAUCCACUCCUUAUGCAACUGCAGAGCCUCAUCCGAGCAGCAAAUCCUGCUGUUUCAUUCAUCCUGGCAGAAAAUGGAAUUGUAACAAGGAAUGAAGAUAUUGAAUUAAUUCUCUCAGAAAGCAGUUUCUCAAAUCCUCAGAAGAUUAGAGCUCGAUAUUUAAUGUAUCCUGGCUGGUAUGAAGGUAAAUACGGAGCUGGGUCUGUGUUUCCUCCAAUGGUUCAGAUCUGUGUGUGGUUUAGCCGUCCUCUGGAAAAAACACGAUUUGUGACCAAAUGUAAAGCAAUUAAGUCACUGCUCAAGCCAAGUCCCUUUUCUGGAAACAUAUAUCACAUCAUGGGCAAAGUUAAGUUUUCAGAUUCUGACAAAGUGAUUGAGGUUUGUCACAACACAUCAUCCAACUCUCUAAGCCUUGUGCCUGUUCAGGAGGGGCCAACUCCUCCUGAUUCAAGAAAUGAUAGCAGAGAUUGCAGCGGUCAACAGGAGUACUUCCUUGUGUUCAUUGGCUGCUCCCUUAAGGAAGAGGAUAUAAAAGACUGGCUCAGAGAAACAGCAAAACAGAAACCUCAGAGGAAAGCCCUGAAAACCAGAGGAAUGCUAACCCUUCAGGAAAUAAAAAACAUUCAUGUGAAACGCCACUUGGAUCCGCUUCCAGCUGGAUAUUUUUACAAUGGGACUCAGUUUGUGAACUUUUUUGGUGACAAAAUGGAUUACCACCCAUUAAUGGACCAAUUCAUGAAUGAUUACUUGGAAGAAGCCAACAGGGAGAUAGAGAAGUACAACAGAGAACUAGAAGAGCAAGAGUAUCAUGAUCUCUUUGAGCAGAAGACAUAAGCACGUGUAUUCUGUGGACUUCUAGACCACUUCUUGUCAGUAACCAAAAAUGCUGUUGUCCUUGCUGGUUAACUAGAAAAUUAAGUGAAAUAUCAGUUUUCUGCACUCCUUUUGAAACUAAGAUCAUUCCUGUAAGGUUGGCAUUUUUACUAUGGUAACUGCUUAGCUGUUUGUACUGUCAGGUUUGCUUCCACUUCACCUUAAUUCCAGACUGUAAAAAGCAUCACCUGGAAUCUCUGGCUAGUAGUGGAAAUGUCUUGAAAAGAAGAAAAAAAAAAAAAAAGGAAAGCUGUAUUUCCUAGCAGGUCAGAAUGUAAGCAUGAAUUGGUCCAACGUGCAGAGAAUCGAACUGCUUUCAUCUCUUGGAUGUCCCUUGAACCAUGUUGCCCAUGAGCACUGAAGAGCAGUGGUAUACUUCAGUAUGUGGGAUUGGGGGAUGUUCCCAAAGCGAGAAAUGGGGGAACGUUUCAAAAGCUCUGAGGAGUUCCCAAUCCUGCUGCUGUAAGGGUGUUCCUAAAGCGAGAAAUGGGGGAACGCACAAACCUCUGCUCUGCUCCCAAGGGCACAGCGUGUCUUACAAAACCCUCUGCACGGUCUGAAUCUGCAGACAAAAUUUUGACUCUUUAAAGAAAAGAUGUUUAUACAUUUCAAGGUGAAAGGAGAGACAGGUGGAGAUGCUUCUUCCUUUCCAGUGCUGUUCUAGCAAUUGAUGUCGUGUUUUCUAGAAUGUACAACUUGCUGUUGCUUAAAUGAUUCCUACUUGAGUAGUAAAGACUAAGCAGAGCAAGCAAAGGAGGAGAGCAUGAAAAGCCAGGAUUCUUUAGCUAAAGAAUUGCUCCUCCUGUUUCCAAAGGUAAAAAAAUAAAUAAAUACAAGACGUACUUGAAGUAGGAAAGAAUUUGGGAAGCUUUGCACAUUGUAACACUGAACUGAUGCACCCAGACAUUUACAGUUACCAGAGGGUUCUGUAAAGGAAACCUGGGCAAUGUGUCCUUUUAAGUGAAUUUGGUCCAACUUGAAGCGAGGCCUCAUAGCUCAUUAAAGGAAUAUCAGUAUGUGGUACCCUAGCAGCUACUUGAACAUCAUUAUUGAAGCUUAUUGAAUGAGCAGAUUAUCGUAGCGUGCUGUGCAUUCAGAAUUUAGUCAAGUGAAAACAUUCCAAGUCCUUAGAAAUAGUUCUGUCUUUGGUCAGAUAUAUGUAAUAUGGUAAGAAAUUGAAUGAUCUCUUAGAAGAAAUACCUAUACAUAACCCAGCUUCUUUCCAUGGGAGAAAAAUGAGAUUUAUCUCUCGCCAUUAAAACCAAUGGCUGCAUAUGGCUUAAGAAAUGUAUUUUUUACCUUUGGAAUCUGACAUGGCCCAAACUUCAAGAAGCUUAUCAGAACCUGAAACACUUCAUUGGCGAGGUUUCAGUGCGAGUUGCUACUAGCUGGCUCCAUGGGGGUCCCAUGGUGCAAGUGUGGAAUUCCAGGUGCUGCAGACUGGGAUAUAGAUGUUGAUAAGGUUUCGUUCUAGCUUUCCUCCUAGAUUUAAGAAGUCGUCUGAACGUAAGAAUUCUUUUUCUUUGCACACCAUGAGGCUUUAUAAACGACUUGUAUCCUGUUAAGGCCGGUAAAAGCCAGCUAUAGUUGUGUAUCUAGGCUUUCUGGGUAACCCUAUUACAGGUAUAGAGCAUCGUGAUAAGGCUCGUGAGUUUAUCUAUGCAUGGCUAUGGGUUUAGUCUUAAUAUACUGUAGUGCCUGGUAGAGAAAUGUAGCUAGCAGUGGAUGUAGGGGGCCAGCAGUGUUUACAGACUAAGUGCAGUUGGCAGCACAAAGCGAUGCAUCAGACCAGGGUUAUGAGGGAACAGAAUUCUGGAGCUAAAACUGCAAUAAAAGGAAAAUUCCUAAGGUCGGAUUCUUUGCCAGCCAACUUAGUGUAAACCCUGUGUGCUCCUUUUCAGUACCAGUUAUCUAAUCUGCAAAGCCAUAUAUCUAGGAUAGCAGAACGACGGCGCGACGUCGGAAGAAACAACGGUGGCUGAAUGGCUUUAAGUCAGCGGCCGUGUAGGUUUAAGUGCAAUUGAUUGAACCAUAGAUGAAGAUGCUGUAGCUUGCUUUGCUCUGCUGAACUCUUUUUAAGAACCCCCAGUUUGUGCAGCGUUUGAACGUGAGGGUUCCUAUGGGGCCUGGAGCUCUCCAUCACAAACCCCCGUGAGCUCAAGUGAAAUGAGUGUGCAACGUGUGCACGUGGAGGUGUUCUUCAAAAACCAGGUCAGAAGAGCUCAGAACAAAGGCCUAGUAUACAGAUAUACCGUACUGCAUGCUAUGUGAGGAUAGCUGUGUAUUAGGAAGACCUUUCACCAUACUGGUACUAUUUCAACGAUGAUAUUUUGGUAUUGAAAUGAUUUGAUUACCUCAAUUUAUUAUUAUUAUUAUUUUUUUCUUUUAGCUUUUAACUGUGACUUCAAAACUGAAAAAUUACCGAAACAGUGAAACUGUGACAGAGGUAUCCUUGAAACAGAGCAGUGCCUUGCAAACGAUGCCAUUUAUGCCCAAAGCCUAAAAUAAAUGGACAUCGUGGGUUGCAUUGCUUGCAACCUCUUUGUUUUUUUUUUAAAAAAAAGAAAAACAGUUUUGGUGAAAGGACUUAAAAUUAACCUAGUGAAGAAUAUUAGCACAAAUUCUGUUUAAAAGGAAGCUCUUUGAGGACUCAAAGGUGUAAACGCCUGAUGCUGCUGCUAGCAGUUGCUGAUUAUUUGGGGGUUAUUUGUAACAGUCAGCAGCACUUUUCUUUCUUGUUUUGCUUUUUUUUUUUUUUUAGAAAACAUAACUUUUGUACUCUGAUCAGAGAUGUUUAUAAGCUGGAAAUGUGGUUUCCUCACUCUUUUGGAGUUGGGGUAAGGAUGGAGUUACUCCUAAGGAUCUAGUUUUGAAAACUUUUUAGCUACUGUAAAACUAAAAUAAAAUACAAAAAGCACCAUUUCUAAACCACAAAUGUUUGGAUACAGGAAAAAGUGCCAUUACACUGUUCCGUUAUCUUUUACUGUAUUUUGGGGAGAAAAAAAAAAAAGAAAAAACAAACCAAUAUGG